CUCAGUCAGCGCAGGGCUGAGGCAGGAGCAGCACCGGGCUGUGUGUGGGUGUGAGCGGCUGUGUGGAGGGUUCAUGGGGAGAGCGGUCACCUGGCAGCCCUGCCCCCGCCCAGGGGCCGGGGGAGUGACCGGGGCUCCCUCCACCCAUUACUAGGAAGAGUGAGAAGCUGCCCCCGCCCGGCUGGCCUCACUCCGCCCCCUCCCAGACACUUACAAACACCCUGAGAAGUGUCAGCAUUGCACUGUGGGCGCCGCGCACACCGGGGACACUGCCGGAGCUCUGCCCGCUGCCCGUGCCGUGCGCUGGGGAAGUUGUAGAAGUGUGCUGGCGGUGGAUGCUGUGUGGGGUCUCCGGGUCCUAGCGCUGCCGAUCGGGGUGUGUGGGCGAUGCUGCCGUUCAGUGUGUCCCAGGUGGGCUCCGGGGGGGGCGGGGUCUCGGGCCCCGGGCUGCUGCUGCUGGGCCCCGCGGGCAGGAAGCUGUCCGGGUUCAGACUCACCGAGAAGUUCCUGCUGCUGCUGGUGUUCAGCGGGUUCAUCACCCUGUGCUUCGGGGCCAUCUUCUUCCUGCCGGACUCCCCCAAGCUGCUGAGCGGGGUGUUCUUCCAGCAGCCCCUCCGGCCGGUCUCGGUGGGGCUGGAGGACGGAGCCGAGGACGGCGGGCGGCUGGCCAGGAUCCGGGAGGAGCACGAGAGGGCGCUGCGGGAGGCCAAGGACACGCUGAACCGGCACCCCGAUGACAUCCAGGGGGACAUCCUGCGGGACAAGGAGCUGCUGCGGGAGCACCGGAGGACCGUGUCCGGGGGGAACUUGCCGCCCCGGGAGUUCGCUGCCCCCGUGGGAGUGGUGGGGAAGGAGCCCGAGGAUCCCGAUGUCAAAGAGAAGAGAGAUAAGAUCAAAGAGAUGAUGAAAUUUUCCUGGGAUAAUUACAAACGAUAUGCAUGGGGAUUAAAUGAACUGAAACCUGUGCAGAAACAAGGGCAUUCCAGUAACUUGUUUGGCAAUAUUCAAGGAGCUACAAUAGUAGAUUCCCUUGACACCCUUUAUAUCAUGGGAAUGAUGGAUGAAUUCAAAGAUGCAAAGGAGUGGGUGGAGAAAAACCUAGAGUUCAAUGUGAAUGCUGAAGUCUCCAUAUUUGAGGUGAACAUACGUUUUGUUGGUGGUCUUUUGUCCGCCUAUUAUCUAACAGGAGAAGAGAUAUUUCGACGAAAAGUGGUAGAACUGGGAGAGAAGCUGCUUCCUGCAUUUAAUACUCCAACUGGAAUUCCUUGGGCAUUGUUGAACAUCAAAAGUGGUAUUGGUCGCAAUUGGCCCUGGGCUUCUGGAGGAAGCAGCAUUCUUGCUGAAUUUGGAACCCUGCACUUGGAGUUCACCCAUUUAACAGAAGUCUCUGGGAAUCCAAUUUUUGCAGAAAAGGUCAUGAAUAUUCGUAAAGUCUUAAAUCGAUUAGAUAAACCACAAGGUUUAUAUCCAAACUAUCUGAAUCCUAGCAGUGGUCAAUGGGGUCAAAAUCACGUUUCCGUUGGGGGACUUGGAGAUAGCUUUUAUGAAUAUUUGCUGAAGGCAUGGCUAAUGUCAAGCAAGACAGAUGAAGAAGCCAAGAAGAUGUAUUAUGAUGCUGUACAGGCUAUCGAGACUCAUUUGAUCCGAAAAUCUAGUAGUGGCCUGACGUACAUUGCUGAAUGGAAAGGAGGCCUAUUGGAACAUAAAAUGGGACAUUUGACGUGUUUCGCUGGCGGCAUGUUUGCACUUGGUGCGGACAGUGCACCCGAAGAUAAAACUGGCCAUCAUAUGGAACUCGCAGCUGAAAUUGCACGCACUUGUCACGAAUCUUAUGAUCGCACAACGACAAAACUAGGACCGGAAGCCUUUAGGUUUGAUGGAGGUGUUGAAGCCAUUGCUACAAGGCAAAAUGAAAAAUAUUAUAUCCUUCGACCAGAAGUGAUUGAAACCUACUUGUAUAUGUGGCGAUUCACUCAUGACCCAAAGUAUCGGCAGUGGGGCUGGGAAGCAGUUCAGGCAUUGGAAAAGAACUGCAGAGUGGAAGCAGGAUAUUCAGGUGUCCGGGACGUGUAUGCUGCCAAUCCAAGUCACGAUGAUGUACAGCAAAGCUUUUUCCUUGCGGAAACACUCAAAUAUCUAUACUUGUUAUUUUCUGAUGAUGAUCUCCUUCCGUUAGAACACUGGAUUUUUAACACUGAGGCGCAUCCAUUACCUAUCAUAAUUGACAAAGGCAAAAGAACGAUAUAGAGACAAAUCCAUAUGAAAAGGAAAAAAAAAAUAUCAGCAUAAGAAAUGCUGUCAUACUGUUAAUUCACUGCAUUCCUCCAGGAUUCAGGAAAAUAAUCGUCCUCUUUUUAUCUCUUUUUCAUUCUAUUCUGAAAUUCUAUACCAACUGUUUUGCAGUCUGUUCUGUUUUCUAACAGGGAAUUCUGGGUAAUUCUAGAGACAUUCCAUAGCGACCUUAUAAUAUGACUGUGAAUUUAAAGCACCUUUCCCCCCCCCCCCCAUGGAUCUGAAGUUUAGAUUUCUUAAGGCUUCCAUCUCUUUCCAUAUAGAAUAGACCUGUCUGCGUUUUUAGUUAGUAUCUAUCUUUCCUUUAAUUUGACUGCAAAGAAUCUUUCUCCUCUGUGAGGAGAUUGUCUGCUUUAUGCUGUAAUAUUUUGCCAUGUUGCAAAAAGCCAUACUGAAUAGUAUAAAAUAACUUUUUUUUCUUUCCAGUUGUAUGUGAAUCAGAUUUGUCUGAAACUCAUCUAAGGCAAAUUGUGUAACUGUGAUAUCUUCCUCUCAAUGCGGGUUUUUCUUUAACAUGUUCUAAAGCAUUUCAUUUCUUAUCAAAGUGGAUUGGAUACAAUUUAGAUUUCAGGAAGGCAUCACUGUUUAUAAGGAUAAUACCCAGUUAUAUGUUCUUGCAUGGGCACGUUGUUUUUUUUUUUUCCUUCUGUAUUUGUAUCACUGAUGAAAAGAAGGGUUGAUCUGUUAAAACAAGCACUAAUUUUCCAGUGUUGCUUUAGAACACCUAUCAA